GCUUCUAUGUAGGCAAAUUUCAAUGACGUGAGCACAAGGAGGAACCGAGGGAAUAACAAAAUGCAACUUACUACAGCGUAAACCCUUCAAAAACUUUUGCAUAAAGCAAUUAUAGAUUGCAUCGCACCGUGUGAUGAUGAAUACGUUUGUGACUCAUCCAAGUGUCAGAAUUAAAGGAACAGAGAACAACUAUAACCCUGCUCCCUGCUAUGACCAGCUGUGUUCUAACAAGAGUGCACAUAUGCACUGUCCAUUUUGUAUAAAGUCGGACAUCUACCAGGAUCCAGUAAUACUGAAGGCUCAUUACAGGGUUAAACAUGUUGACAAAGGCAUAGACUUUGCUGGUCUAAAGAUUCUACGGUGUUGUGAUCACUGUGACAUUGUUGGUGUGAUCAAAGGAGAGAAGAAGUUCAAAGGAGCACACUGGCAUUGCUAUAGGUGUAGAAAUGGGUUCAACAGGAGAGACGAGGCUAUCAAACACUACAAAACCCACUUCCGAAACCCACAGACAACCUUUCAGAUACAGGUUGCGCAGGAAGUGAACAAUCCUAGUUCUGGCUAUUGUGACAGUACAGCAACUAUAGACCAGGGAGGCAUAUCUAUACACCCGGCCCUGACAGAGGCCGUGAUGUCCUCAAGUCUGGCACAGGAACAAGGUUUGAUGAGCCAGUCCCACCAGGUGACUGUACCCAAUGGUAAGGUACCAGAGGGCUCUGUCCAUGUGUCCGUGGCUGCCAACGAGACUGUGGACAGUUCAGACGGCCAGACACAUCACAUUAUGAUCAUACAGGAGGAACCAUUGGAAAACAACAGUAGUACCUACACCACACAGAUCAUCACCAGUGAGGAUGUGAGGAUGGUUGAGGAAAAGGAGCAGUCUAAUCACCAAAACGCAGCCAACAAACUGGAGGAGUUGCAGCAGAAAUACCAACAGCUGGAGGCAGAAAAGGAUGAAACAGAACGCAUACUGAGAACUGAAAUUCUCUCUCUCAAGUCACAGGUGGAGUCCUUUGAAAAGGAGGUACUAUCCUACCAGAAGCGUGAGGAAGAGCUCCUUGAGCAGGUCAGCGUUCCACUGGACCGUAACAUUGAGACCCUAUUAAAGAACAUGGAGACUCAGCACAGGGACCUACUCCACCAACAGCUCCUUGUCAUCAAGCGGGAGUACAAGCCACAGACAUUGUUGCCCAAUGUUGUAAUGGAUGGGCAGGUCAAAACCUCGCCCAAGUCUAACUGCAACAUUCAACGCUACAUCAUUGAGUGUAACCAGGAACAAGACUCGGAUCCAGCACCAGAUGAACUUGAUGACCCCUCCAAACCGGGUGACUCAGAUCCGGACAACGAAGCAGAUAGUCCCACAGUUUUGAUGGACACGGGCGAGGAAUCAUCUCUACAGGAGAAUGUGGAGGAUUCUACGAUACAAGUUAGUCAAAGUGAUGUCAAUAAAGCCCUCCAGGACAGCAUUUUAUCAAAUUUAGAUAGCACCCAACAAGGAAACCUGAGCUUUCAGCUUGGUGGGGAAGGGUACUCCUACUGUGUGACACAGGCAGAGGAAUCAGAGGGAAAAACAGACCCCAAAAACAACCCUCUUGUUGUGUGUAUAGAAUACCCCUCUGAAGUAACACUCACUCCUGUGGAAAACACAUUCAAAGUUCUUGACAAUUAUAAUGGAUCACAGAUAGUGCAACCAAUGUCUAUAGUCAAUAAGGGAGAUGCCUGUGGGGAGCCAGAGGCAAAACGGCAAAAACCAUGCUGAUAAACCAUGUUGUACCAUCCAUUAUAAAAUCUUCCAUUGUGUUGUUAUAAAUUCAUAUAUUUAUACCAUUAAUUGUAUAUUUGUUUAUUAUAUCAGUUAUUGACUAUGGAUCAUGGAAUAUUUAAGACACCUACAAUGCAUCAACACUUUUAUGUUCAUAUCAUCUUCAUGUUCUCGUUCAUUGUAAAACAUAUUUUUGUAUGUUUUGAUAUGUUUGUCAUAUAUAUAAUUCAAAUUAAUUCAUAUGUCUUUGAUAUCCUGUGAUCCAAUAAAUGCUAUUGAUAAUAAACUACAAAACCAUAGGGAAAAUAAACAAUAUGUAUUUUACAAAAACAUAAGGCAUUUGUAUAGACAGACUAAAUUGUAUACAGACAGACUCAAGUUCCAUUCAUUUUUCAUAGAUCUCUUUGUUACCUCACCUUAACAUAUAUCUCAGUAAAAAUAGAAAUAAAGACUGUGUCAUGUAAAAGUGUUAUUUUUCUGUAAUUUAAGUCAAUCAUAUCUUUAAUGUCAAUAACAAACUCGUUAAUGUUUGUUUUUAAGUUAAAAUGUGCAAAAUGGCCAAUGGUCCCUGCACUUUUUAUUAGUGAAAUAUUUUUAAUGUCAGUUGAUUGGGCUGGAUUAACCAUUGUGCACAGCUAAUUCACACUACUGAUAUAUAGCAUGAAGACCAAAGUUUACAUAGAAACUAUCACAUCAUUGCUAUUCAGAUUUAAAAAGAAUAUUUCAUAAAAUGUUUACUACAGACACUAUAUGAGUUAAGUAACACAACAAUCCAGUAUGUUUAGCUAAAUCCUUACAAUGUUCAUGCUGUCGUGUUAUCAAAUCUAAAUAAUAUUAAACUUUAUACAUCAUCAAAGAAACAGCCUGAUUGUGUUUAAAAUACAUCUCACAAAUAUUUCUAUUUACUGUAGCAGAAGUUGAUCUCCAGUUCUUUACUCAUGGUUUUAGUUUUGUCCAAGCAAUACAUUUUUUUUUAUUGCUUUUGCCUAGGUUUUUUUAAAAAUUACAAUGGGCGUCUUCAGGACAUUUGUUUUAAGUGCCACCGAUUUCAAAUAUAAGGUUAAUUAUUUAAUGUGCUAUUCCCUUAAAAGUGUCCAAUUUUAGGUGUGAGCACUGUAAAUACAAUAUACAACAGAUUAUGAUAGGAUGGCCUGUACAGAUCUGUUUGUUCUUCCAGUUGAUUUGCUUUGUGUUAAAAUGAAUUGCUUGCAGUUGUAAUAAAAACUUCAGCUGGCACAUGUAUGAUUUUCUAAUACCACAGCAAAAUUACUAUGACAGAAAUAGUGUAUAAAGAACUGUAAAUGAAACCAAAACAAUCACUUAUUUUACUGUUACCUCAUCUGCAUCUGAACUGAAAAUAUUCGACUUUGAUUGUAGUUGUCAGAAAAAGGUAUACAAAUGUAAUAAAUUGAUAUCUUCAUUACUUACUUUUAUGAAAUUAAUGAGCUGAUGAUGUUUUCCUCUGCAGGCAAAACACUUGUCACUUGUGAAUUCCACUCUAGUUUUUCUUACAUACAGUAACUUCCCCCUAAUUUUCUAUAUAACUGAAGCAAGACUGUGCCAUGGUCUGACCGUUGAUCAGGGAGCUCAGUUGGUUAAAGAGAACUCAAGGGUUAACAUAGUCCGGCCAUACUGUUUAUUGUUGAUUUCAUACUAUUUUACCCACAGAAGUUCUGCAAUGUUUGUGUUUCUUUUCAGAAAUGAUUUUUUUAUUGAAGCUAUUGUCACUCAGGAAAACCGUUUCCAAUGCAUCAUUAUUUAUUAUAUAUAUUGUAAUUGGAAUUGCAAAUGCACUUUCUUGUUAAUUGCAUAAUUUGUUAGACAUACAAGUUAAAGUAAUUUCCAGGAAUCCACUCCAUUCUGUUGAUCCUGUCUAGGAAAAAUGUAUUUAAAUCUUUUAAUCACAUUGACUUUUCAUCAACAGUAAGUUGUAUGUAUUUAAUGAAUUUAAUUUAAUUACUUCCUGAAUGAUUUAUUUAAACAUACCAAAACGUAUAUGAUACAACUAUAAUACAGUAGUUUGUUGAACAGGUAUUAUAUGGUUUGACAUGUACUCGAUGGGGCCCUUCCGGAGUAAUCAGUAUUUUUAGCCCACCAUCAUCUAAUGGUGAGCUAUUCAAAUCGUCCUGCGUCCGUGGUCGUCCGUCGUCAGUCGUCCGUCCUUGAACAAUUCUUGUUAUCGCUAUUUCUCAGAGAGUACAAAAGGGAUCUUUCUAAAAUUUUAUAUGUAGGUUUCCUAUGGUCCCUAGUUGUGCAUAUUUACUUUUGAGACUGAUCAGAAAAACAAAAUGGCUGACAGGCAGCCGUCUUGGAUUUAUGACAGUGACGGUUUGUUAUCACUAUUUCUUAGGAAGCACUGGAGGGAUCUAUCUCAAAUUUUAUAUGUAGCUUUAUAGGUCCCCUUGGUCCCUCGUUUUGCAGGUUUACUAUUGAAACUGAUCAGAUAAACAAAAUGGCCGACAGGCCACCAUCUUGAAUUGUGACAUUAAAGGUUUGUAAUUGCU